AUGUGCACCAUUUACCAUUAUCUUCUCCAAGAGAUACCCGGUAACGUUGACGAUGGCAUCGAUGAACCCGUGUUGGUGGAUCAACGGGGCGAGAGCAUCUUGAAUCACGGCGAAGGAACUGCCAGCUGUGCCCACCGUCUGCAGCCUGGAUUUAUUCCUUCCCGCUGCGAUGACGGUGGCGUGCGACUGGGCUUACAGGGCGAUUUCCUGGCCGAUUCCUGA